UAUGAUAUUAAUAUAGAAAUAUAAAUAUUUAAAUGGGUUAGUGUAAAUGUGCUACAUAAUGUUGUUAAAAGGAUGAAUUAGGAUCUUAAAAAAUAUCUACAAGAUCUAUCUAAGUUUCUAUAAAACAUCAUAAGCUCUAAAAAGAUAAGACUUCUGAUUAAAUUGAUGACAUUAUUUAAGAUGACUUAGAUUCUGGCAUACUUAAAAAUUCAAUGGAUAGUAAAGUUUCAAUUUAAGAUAUUUGUAAAAAUUUGAAUUCAACUUAAACUCCUAUGCCCUAAUAAGUUAUUGAUACUAUUCAAACACAAGAGCGUAAAUUACUUCCAGUACUUUUGCAAUUUUAAUUAAGAUAUUGUAAAUGCCAAAUGGAACUAAAUAUGAAGGAUAAUGGCUGAAUGGUAUGAGAGAUGGAUUUGGAAGAUAAAUAUGGCCAGAUGGUUCAAUUUAUGAAGGUUAAUGGAAACAAGAUAAAUCAAAUGGAUAGGUAAAAUAACCAUAAUAUUGAAGGGUAAAUUAAUUCAUGCUGAUGGAGAUAUCUAUGAUGGUGAAUGGAUUGAUGAUGCUGCAUCAGGUAUAGGAACUUAUGUACAUUUUAAUGGAGCCAGAUAUGAAGGACAAUGGCUUAAUGACAAUUAACAUGGUUUUGGUAUAGAAGUAUGGCCUGAUGGUGCUAAAUAUCAAGGCUAAUAUUAAUAUGGUAAAAAAAAUGGAAAAGGAUUAUUAACCUUUACUGAUUCUGCAAGUUAUGAGGGUAAAAUUAAAUUAUUUACCUUAGGUAAUUUCAUUGAUAAUGAAAUUUCUGGAUAUGGUAUUUAUAAGUGGCCAGAUGGAAGAGAAUAUGUUGGUAAUUGGUAGGAUAACAAAAUGCAUGGAGAAGGUACACUUAAAUGGCCAGAUGGGAAAUGUUACAAAGGAGUAUUAUUAUUAUCAUUUAUUAUUUAAGAAUUAUGAACAAGAUAAAAAAUAAGGCAGAGGUGUUUUUUAUUUUGGUGAUGGUAGAAAAUAUGUAGGAACAUGGAUUAAUGGUAAAUAAUGUGGCAUUGGUAUAUUUUAUCAAAAUGAAAAAUAAUAUAAAGUCGGUAUAUGGUAAAAUGGAUAACGAACAAAAUGGCUUAAGGAUGAGGAAGUAGAAACCAGAAAAGAAGAAAUAACUCUGCUCUUAGGAUUAUGAAAUAUA